AUGUUAUUUGAUCGGCAGCCGACACGUCUUUGGAGAUGGUCGCUGCUGAGGAUGUUCUUCACAGCGUCGUCCCAGGCCAGCGUUGCAGCUGCGCUCGCAAACGACCGACCUGAAAAGACGGUAGCGUGGAGGCGGUCGACAGGUUACUCUCUAGACAGGCGAGCAAGCCAGUCGAUGGCGUACGUGGUCAGAGGCAGCGAGAGAAGCGCCGUGUACGCGUGCAGGAAGACCCCUCACCGCCGAGAUGGCGUAGAAGAACGCGUCCGGAACGAAGUACUGCUCGAUCAGGGGCUCCAACUCGGUCUCUUUGAGCGUCGGCCCCAGACGGCCUCCGCCCAGUGCACUCCCGCUUAUUUCUUCGACCCGACGCACCAGCCUCUUCUCAACCCCCUCGGCCAUCAAUAUUUGGACGCUCGACCCCCCGCAAAUUUGUCUCUGCGACGCCACGCGCGCUCAUCCCCUCGAUUACUCCCGCCUUGGGCCCGCAUAUUCAUCUUCGUCUGCGACCUACAUCUGUGCCCGCAAGCCUCCUCCAGCCCCGCACGCACGCACGACCUCUCGACCCCUCCUCUCGUCGACGCCUCAUUCACUCCUCCAUCGUCCUGCCUCAUCGCUGAGACCUCACCCACGUUCCACCUCGCGCACGCUCCACUCCCCCAUUCUCAUACCCUCUCUUCUCCUCGUCCUCUCGUCCCCACGCACGCUAUACCUUUCGCCCGCUCAACUUCAAACAUCCUCGACUUGUCUUCCCUUCGCCCUCCCAACUCUCCUCGAUCCUCGCUCUUCACUCCCUCGACCUCUCAUGCAUCGACUGUUCCGCCCUCGACCUAA